CGCGAGAGGACGGGCCGCGCCGGCGGUAGCGAUAGAGAGCUGUGGUGGUGGUGGUGGUGGUGUUGGUGGUGGCGGCCGAGACGGCGGCGGCCAUUUUGGUGGGGCAUCGGAAGAGGCGGCGGCGGUUCGCCGAGAGUAGCGUCUCCCAUUUUUUCCACCCACCGUCCGCAUCUCUGUGCCGUGAGAGGAAGCAGUGGAAGCGAGACGGCGGCAGUAGCCGCGGGCCCCAGGGGAAUUUAAAGGCCGCGAAGGCGGUUGUCAAGAGGGGGCCCUCCCCCCUCCUCGGCGGGAGGGGGGGUGGUGCGCACGCCCCCGAGGACGCAGGUGUGAUUCCCCUCAGUACGGCGGCACCGUGGAAGUACAGACUUUCACAGGGGGUGUGGUCUCAGCUCACACAGGUGCUCCAGAGGCCGGUGGACCUGAGCGGAGGCUGGGACGCCCUAGUGGGCCCCGGGCCCUGGAAGGCGGGUCCCGGUGGCCGGUGGCCCAGAAUGAGGCCAGCUCCCAGCAUGCCCUGCAGCCGGACGCCAGCCCCUCGGCCAGCAGCAGUGGUGAUAACGAUCCAGUCAUUCUUCAGGCGUCCAAAGAGGAGCCUGGGAGUGGGACCAUGCAGAGCAGCCCCUCGCCUGCUCACCCUCAGCUCCCAGUCCUGCAGACACAGAUGGUGUCGGACGGCAUGACAGGCAGCAAUCCUGUGUCCCCUGCCUCAUCCAGUUCCCCAGCCUCUAGUGGGGCAGGCGGCAUCUCUCCCCAGCAUAUAGCUCAAGAUUCCUCUCUGGAUGGACCUCCAGGGCCCCCAGAUGGUGUCACAGUGCCCUUAGAGGGACUCAGCUUACCUCAGGCUGCUGACCUUGCCAAUAAGGGCCCAAAGUGGGAGAAGAGCCAUGCUGAGAUUGCAGAGCAGGCCAAGCAUGAGGCUGAGAUUGAGACUCGGAUUGCUGAGCUGCGUAAGGAGGGUUUCUGGUCACUGAAGAGGCUGCCUAAAGUGCCGGAGCCUCCCCGCCCCAAAGGCCACUGGGACUAUCUAUGUGAGGAGAUGCAAUGGCUCUCUGCCGACUUUGCUCAGGAGCGUCGUUGGAAACGGGGUGUGGCCCGUAAGGUUGUGCGUAUGGUCAUCCGGCACCAUGAGGAGCAGCGGCAGAAAGAAGAGCGGGCUCGGAGGGAAGAGCAGGCCAAGCUACGCCGAAUCGCUUCCACCAUGGCCAAGGAUGUCAGGCAGUUCUGGAGCAAUGUGGAGAAGGUGGUGCAGUUCAAGCAACAGUCCCGGUUGGAGGAAAAGCGUAAAAAAGCUCUGGAUCUGCACUUGGACUUCAUUGUGGGGCAAACUGAAAAGUACUCAGACCUUUUGUCUCAGAGCCUCAACCAGCCACUAGCAUCCAGCAAAGCUGGCUCUUCCCCUUGCCUUGGCUCCUCCUCAGCUGCCUCUAGUCCUCCACUCCCAGUUUCCAGGCUGGAUGAUGAAGAUGGGGACUUCCAACCCCAAGAGGAGGAGGAAGAGGAUGAUGAGGAGACGAUAGAGGUUGAAGAACAACAGGAAGGCAAUGAUGCAGAGACCCAGAGGCGUGAGAUUGAGCUGCUUCGACGUGAGGGAGAAUUGCCAUUGGAAGAGCUGCUCCGUUCCCUCCCCCCUCAGCUGCUAGGAGGGCCUUCCAGCCCCCCGAGAACCCCCUCAUCUCGUGACAGUGACACUCGAGAUGGGCCUGAAGAAGGCGGUGAAGAAGAAGAGCCCUCUCAGGUGUUAAAGGUAAAGCCCCCACCCUCUGUCACACAGCGCAACAAACAGCCCUGGCAUCCGGAUGAGGAUGACAAAGAGUUUACUGCCAAUGAAGAUGAAGCGGAGGAUGAAGAGGAUACUAUAGCAGCCGAGGAGCAGCUGGAAGGGGAGGUGGAUCAUGCCAUGGAGCUGAGCGAGUUGGCUCGAGAAGGUGAGCUGUCAAUGGAAGAGCUACUGCAGCAGUAUGCAGGAGCCUAUGCUUCUGAUGCCUCUGCCCCAGGCUCUGGGAGUAGUGAAGAGGAAGAUGAAGAUGAGGUUGAGGCUAACAGCUCUGACUGUGAACCAGAGGGGGCCACAGAAGCUGAAGAGGGUCCUCAAGAGGAUAGUAGCAGUCAGUCAGAAUCUGCUGAGGAGCAGAGUGAGGAGGAGGAAGAUGAGCAUUCAGAAGAGGAAGAAACAAGCGGAAGUUCAGAAUCAGAGGAAUCUGAGUCUGAGGAGUCUGAGGAGUCUCAAUCGCAGAGCCAAGCAGAUGAGGAAGAGGAGGAAGAUGAUGACUUUGGGGUGGAGUACUUGCUUGCCCGGGAUGAAGAGCAGAGUGAGGCAGACGGGGGCAGUGGACCUCCCACCCCAGGGCCUGCCACCACUCUAGGCCCUAAGAAAGAAAUUACUGACAUCGCUGCAGCAGCUGAAAGUCUGCAGCCCAAGGGUUAUACCUUGGCCACUACCCAGGUGAAGACACCCAUUCCUUUGCUCCUGCGGGGCCAGCUCCGAGAGUACCAACACAUUGGGCUGGACUGGCUGGUUACUAUGUAUGAGAAGAAGCUUAAUGGUAUUCUUGCUGAUGAGAUGGGGCUAGGCAAGACAAUCCAGACCAUCUCCCUGCUUGCCCACUUGGCCUGUGAAAAAGGUAACUGGGGUCCCCAUUUGAUAAUUGUCCCCACCAGUGUGAUGCUGAACUGGGAGAUGGAGCUGAAACGGUGGUGCCCCAGCUUUAAAAUCCUCACUUAUUAUGGAGCCCAGAAAGAGAGGAAGCUCAAGCGGCAGGGCUGGACCAAGCCCAAUGCCUUCCAUGUGUGUAUCACAUCUUACAAGCUGGUGCUGCAGGACCACCAGGCCUUUCGUCGCAAGAACUGGCGCUAUCUCAUUCUGGAUGAGGCUCAGAACAUUAAGAACUUCAAGUCACAGCGCUGGCAAUCUCUGCUCAACUUCAACAGUCAGAGACGCCUACUCCUCACAGGAACUCCCUUGCAGAACAGCCUCAUGGAGUUGUGGUCCUUGAUGCACUUUUUGAUGCCCCAUGUCUUCCAGUCUCAUCGCGAGUUUAAAGAAUGGUUCUCUAACCCACUAACUGGCAUGAUUGAGGGCAGUCAGGAGUACAAUGAAGGUCUAGUUAAACGCCUCCACAAGGUUUUGCGGCCUUUUUUGCUGCGCCGAGUUAAGGUGGAUGUUGAGAAGCAGAUGCCUAAAAAAUAUGAGCAUGUUAUCCGCUGCCGGCUCUCCAAGCGCCAACGAUGUCUCUAUGACGACUUCAUGGCACAGACCACAACUAAGGAGACACUAGCCACGGGCCAUUUCAUGAGUGUCAUCAACAUUUUGAUGCAGCUGCGAAAAGUCUGCAACCAUCCAAACCUGUUUGACCCUCGACCUGUUACUUCCCCCUUCAUCACCCCUGGAAUCUGCUUCAGCACCGCCUCUCUGGUGCUAAGGGCCACUGAUGUCCACCCUCUCCAGCGGAUAGACAUGGGUCGGUUUGAUCUUAUUGGCCUGGAGGCUCGUGUCUCUAGAUAUGAGGCUGACACAUUUCUACCCCGGCACCGCCUCUCCCGCCGGGUACUGCUAGAGGUGGCUACUGCUCCUGACCCCCCACCCCGGCCCAAGCCAGUCAAGAUGAAGGUCAACAGGAUGCUGCAGCCAGUGCCCAAGCAAGAAGGCCGUACAGUGGUGGUGGUGAACAGCCCAAGAAACCCCGUGGGCCCUGUACCAGUCCGACCCCCUCCUGGCCCUGAACUCUCCACACAGCCCAGCCCUGGCCCAACCCCCCCAGUGCUGCCAGCGCCACUGAUGGUGUCAGCCUCACCUGUUGGGCCCCCACUCAUUCCGCCAUCACGGCCUCCUGGCCCUGUUCUGUUGCCCCCACUGCAGCCAAACAGUGGGCCUCUGCCCCAGGUGUUGCCAUCCCCCCUGGGGGUCCUGAGUGGGACCUCAAGGCCUCCUACACCAACCCUGUCCCUGAAGCCAGCCCCACCUGCUCCUGUUCGCCUGAGCCCUGCCCCACCUCCAGGCUCAUCCAGCUUGUUGAAGCCCCUGACAGUGCCACCGGGCUACACUUUCCCUUCCGCUGCCACAACCACCUCUACUGCCACAGCCGCUGCUCCCACCACGGCAGUGCCAACUACUGCUCCUGCGCCACAGCGCCUCAUCCUGUCUCCUGAUAUGCAGGCUCGCCUGCCCUCAGGCGAAGUGGUCAGCAUUGGGCAGUUGGCCUCACUGGCACAGCGUCCAGUGGCUAGUGCAGGGGGAAGCAAACCUCUCACCUUCCAGAUCCAGGGCAACAAGCUGACUUUGACUGGUGCGCAGGUGCGCCAGCUUGCUGUGGGGCAGCCCCGCCCGCUGCAAAUGCCACCAACCAUGGUGAAUAAUACAGGCGUGGUGAAGAUUGUAGUGAGACAGGCCCCUCGGGAUGGACUGACUCCUGUUCCUCCGUUGGCUCCAGCACCCCGGCCUCCAAGCUCUGGGCUUCCAGCUGUGUUGACUCCACGCCCCACGUUAACCCCUGGCCGGCUACCCACACCUACUCUGGGUACUGCCCGGGCCGCCAUCCCCACGUCCACUCUGGUGAGGCCCCUUCUCAAGCUGGUCCACAGUCCUUCGCCUGAAGUCAGUGCUUCAGCACCCGGAGCUGCUCCCUUGACCAUCUCUUCUCCUCUCCCUGUGCAGUCCCCGCUCCCUGGGCCAGCUUCUCCAAUGCCGGUUCCCAAUUCCUCUCCCCUUGCUAGUCCUGUGUCUUCUACAGUUCCUGUCCCAGUGUCAUCUUCACUUCCCAUCUCUGUCUCCACCACGCCUCCUGCCCCGGCCUCAGCUCCACUCACCAUUCCCAUGUCAGCCUCCUUGCCUGUUUCGGCCUCCAGCCCGGCUCUGUUGACCAAUGUGACUCCAACACUGGCAUCUGUUGUCUCAGCGACUCCUGGACCUCCUUCUUUGGCACCAGCUGGGGCUUCCCCGUCAGCGACAGCUUUGACUCUGGGUUUGGCCACAACUCCAUCUCUGUCUUCAUCUCAGGCAACUGGUCACCCUCUGUUGUUGGCUCCAGCCUCUUCACAUGUUCCAGGGUUGAACUCAGCCGUGGCCCCAGCAUGUUCACCUGUAUUGGUACCAGCUUCUGCUCUGGCCAACCCUUUUCCGGCAGCACCAAAUCCAGCUCCAGCUCAGGCUUCCCUUCUGGCUCCAGCACCUUCUGCAUCUCAGGCUCUAGCCACCUCUCUGGCUCCCAUGGUGGCCCCACAGACAGCAAUCCUGGCUCCUCCAGCUCCUUCUCUGGCUCCUCUUCCAGUCCUGGCCCCAUCGCCAGGUCCUGCUCCUGUCCUGGCUCCAUCGCAGACUCCGGUUCCAGUUCUGGCUUCUUCAUCUACUCCAGGAACUCCUUUACCUUCAGCUUCUUCACUGGUGCCAGCCCCAGCUCCUGUGUUGGCUCCAUCAUCAACUCAGACUAUGGUACCAGCCCCUGUUCCGUCACCUCUCCCAAGCCCGGCUUCUACGCAGACACUGGCCUUAGCCCCAGCUCUAGCAUCAACACUUGGGGGCUCAUCUCCAUCUCAGACCCUCUCUUUGGGAACAGGGAACCCUCAGGGGCCUUUUCCAGCUCAGACAUUGUCAUUGACUCCUGCGUCAUCCCUAGUACCAACUCCAGCCCAGACACUGUCUUUGGCACCAGGACCACCACUGGGUCCAUCUCAGACGCUGUCUCUGGCUCCCCCUUUGACUCCAGUUUCUCCAAUGGGCCCAGCCCCAGCUCACAUGCUGACUUUGGCUCCGGUAUCGUCAUCUGCUUCACUCCUGACCCCAGCUUCAGUGCAAACAUUGACCUUGAGCCCUGCCCCAGUUCCGGUGCCCACCUUGGGUCCAGCUGCAGCCCAGACUCUGGCACUGGCCCCAGUCUCAACACAAGCCCCAGCUUCCCAGGCAUCCUCCCUUGUGGUUUCGGCAUCUGGCGCUGCUCCCUUGCCUGUCACCAUGGUAUCCCGGCUGCCUGUUGCCAAGGAUGAGCCUGAGACACUGACGUUGCGCCCUGGUCCCCCUAGCCCUCCUUCCACUGCUACCUCGUUCAGUGGUCCCCGGCCUCGACGCCAACCCCCACCACCACCUCGUUCCCCUUUCUAUCUGGAAUCUCUGGAGGAAAAGCGGAAGCGACAGCGGUCUGAACGCUUGGAACGGAUUUUCCAACUUAGUGAGGCUCAUGGGGCCCUGGCACCUGUGUAUGGGACUGAAGUCCUGGAUUUCUGUACCCUGCCCCAACCUGUUGCCAGCCCCAUCGGCCCUCGUUCUCCUGGCCCCAGCCACCCAACCUUUUGGACUUAUACCGAGGCUGCCCGCCAGGCUGUCCUGUUUCCCCAGCAACGACUAGACCAGCUGUCAGAAAUCAUUGAGAGGUUCAUCUUUGUCAUGCCUCCUGUGGAGGCACCACCCCCUUCCCUGCAUGCCUGCCACCCACCUCCUUGGCUGGCCCCGCGUCAGGCAGCCUUCCAGGAGCAAUUGGCCUGUGAGCUCUGGCCCCGGGCUCGCCCCUUGCACCGUAUUGUGUGUAACAUGCGCACCCAAUUCCCUGACUUGAGGCUCAUCCAGUAUGAUUGUGGAAAGUUGCAAACAUUGGCAGUGCUAUUGCGACAGCUCAAGGCAGAGGGCCACCGAGUGCUCAUAUUCACCCAGAUGACUCGAAUGCUGGAUGUAUUAGAACAGUUUCUCACCUACCAUGGCCACCUCUACUUGCGUCUGGAUGGGUCUACUAGAGUUGAACAGAGACAGGCUUUGAUGGAACGAUUCAAUGCAGACAAACGCAUAUUCUGCUUUAUUCUUUCAACUCGGAGUGGGGGUGUGGGUGUAAACCUGACAGGAGCAGACACUGUUGUUUUUUAUGACAGCGACUGGAAUCCCACCAUGGAUGCUCAGGCCCAGGAUCGCUGUCACCGAAUUGGCCAGACCCGAGACGUCCACAUUUACAGACUUAUCAGUGAACGGACGGUGGAGGAGAACAUCCUAAAAAAGGCAAAUCAGAAGAGAAUGUUGGGAGACAUGGCCAUUGAGGGAGGCAACUUCACUACAGCCUAUUUUAAACAGCAGACCAUCCGAGAGCUGUUUGAUAUGCCCCUGGAAGAGCCGUCUGGCUCAUCUGUACCCUCUGCCCCUGAAGAGGAGGAAGAGACUGUGGCCAGCAAGCAGACCCAUAUCUUGGAACAGGCACUGUGUCGGGCAGAGGAUGAAGAGGAUAUCCGUGCUGCCACCCAGGCCAAAGCUGAACAGGUGGCUGAGCUUGCAGAAUUCAAUGAAAAUGAUGGAUUUCCUGCUGGUGAGGGAGAGGAGGCCGGCCGACCUGGUGCUGAGGAUGAAGAGAUGUCCCGGGCUGAGCAGGAAAUUGCCGCCCUUGUAGAACAGCUGACCCCCAUUGAGCGUUAUGCCAUGAAAUUCCUGGAAGCCUCACUGGAGGAGGUGAGCCGGGAGGAGCUCAAGCAGGCAGAAGAGCAAGUGGAAGCUGCCCGCAAGGACCUGGACCAAGCCAAGGAGGAGGUGUUCCGCCUACCCCAAGAGGAGGAGGAGGGGCCAGGGGCUGGGGAUGAGGUUUCCUGUGGGACUGGUGGAGGCAGUCACCGGCGCAGUAAGAAGGCCAAGGCCCCUGAAAGGCCAGGGACUCGCGUCAGUGAGCGUCUUCGUGGAGCCCGGGCUGAGACUCAAGGGGCAAACCACACUCCUGUCACAUCCACCCAUCAUACUCGCAGCACUUCCACACCCCCACGCUGCAGCCCCGCCAGGGAGAGAGUUCCCCGGCCAGCACCUAGGCCUCGACCCACUCCAACUUCAGCUCCUGCUGUAAUUCCUGCCCCAAUCCCUGUUCCAAUCCCAGCCCCGAUCCCCAUUUCAGCCCCAAAUCCAAUAACCAUGCUUCCUGUUCAUAUCUUGCCUUCUCCUCCACUUCCCCCUCCACAGAUUCCUCCCUCUUGUUCUUCCGCCUGUACCCCUCCUCCUGCCUGUACCCCUCCGCCAGCUCAUACCCCACCUCCAGCCCAAACCUCUCUCUCAACUCCUUCCUCCCCUCUUUUGCUUGGUCUACCUUCUGUACCCAUCUCCCCCCCAGUCACCAACCUGCCCUUGGGCUUGGGGCCUGAGACAGAACUGUGUGCACAAGCAUUGGCAUCCACCGAGUCCCCGGAGCUGGCUGAUAUGGCCAGUUCCGAAACUUCCCCACUUACUCUUGUGCCCCCUAAGGAUCUGUUGCCAGUUGCUGUUGAGAUCCUGCCUAUAUCAGAGAAGAACCUUUCUCUCACCUCUUCUGCACCUAGCCCAACCCUGGAGGCUGACAGCGUCCCCAACGGUCAAGAGCAGGAAGUGCCAGAGCCUGCUGAGGGGACCAUCCUCACAGUGCUGCCUGAUGGUGAGGAGGUGCCCUCCUGUCUGAGUGAGAGCAAUGGGCUGGAGCUCCCACCUUCAGCAGCAUCUGAUGAGCUACUUCAGGAGCCAUUGGAGGCUGACAAGAGCUCAGAAGAGCUGGUGGAGGCCCAGACCCCAACCUCCAGCCCAGAGAAGCCGCAGGAACUUGUUUCGGCAGAGGUCACAGCCCCGUCAACCUCAUCCUCCACCACCUCCUCACCCGAGAGUCCUUCACCUGCCCGGCCCCCUCGGCGUCGCACCAGUGCGGAUGUAGAAAUUAGGGGUCAGGGGGCUGGUCGGCCAGGGCAGCCUCCAGGCCCCAAAGUGCUUCGCAAGCUUCCGGGACGGCUAGUGACUGUGGUUGAGGAGAAGGAACUGGUGAGACGACGGCGACAGCAGCGGGGAACUGCCAGCACCCUAGUGCCUGGGGUCUCUGAGACUGGUGCCAGCCCAGGAAGCCCAUCUGCCCGCAGCAUGUCGGGGCCAGAAUCCUCACCUCCCACCAGUGGGCCCUGUGAAGCUGCUCCCCCAUCCACACUGCCCACCCCAACCCAGCAACCCUUCAUAGCUCGCCGUCGCAUUGAGCUGGGGGUGACCAGUGGGGGCAGCCCAGAGAACGGAGAAGGGGCACUUCUUGCCAUCACCCCUCCUGCUGUGAAACGUCGGAGGGGGAGGCCCCCCAAGAAGAACAGGUCUCCAGCAGAUGUUGGGCGAGGGGUGGAUGAGGUACCUUCAUCCACCUCUAAGGGAAAAACCAAUGGGGCUGACCCAGUCCCUGGGGCUGAGACCCUUAUUGUUGCGGAGCCUGUCCUGGGCCCCCAGCUUAGUCCUGGGCCCCAGCCUCUUGGACCCCAGCCAAUUCACAGACCCGAGCCCAUCAUCCUAUCACCUGUGGAGAAGAGAAGGCGUGGGCGGCCCCCUAAGGCACGAGAUUUGCCCAUUCCUGGGACCAUUUCCUCUCCAGGGGAUGGCAACUUAGAGAGCCGGACACAGCCACUCCCGCUACCACCUCCCCUGCCACCACUCCCACCGCUUCUAGCCUGUCCCACUGCUACUGUCGCCAACACUGUCACCAAUCUCACCAUUUCAACAUCCCCACCCAAGCGGAAACGGGGUCGACCUCCCAAGAAUCCACCAUCACCUCGGCCCAGCCAACUCCCUGUCUUGGACCGUGACAGCUCUUCUCUCCUCGAGAGCUGUGGAUUGGGGAGGCGGCGACAACCCCAGGGCCAGGGGGAGAGUGAGGGUAGUUCCUCUGAUGAGGACGGAAGCCGCCCCCUCACCCGCCUGGCCCGCUUGCGGCUUGAAGCGGAGGGAAUGCGGGGGCGAAAGAGUGAAGGGUCGAUGGUGGUGGCUGUAAUUCAGGAUGACCUGGAUUUAGAUAGUGGGCCAGGCAGGUUAGAAUUAACACCUCCCAUGGUCUCCUUAGCUCCCAAACUGCGCUCGACCCGGCUGCGUCCAGGGUCUCUAGUUCCCCCACUAGAGACUGAGAAGGUGCCUCGAAAACGGGCAGGGGCCCCAGUUGGCGGGGGUCCUGGGUUGGCAAAGCGGGGCCGCCUACAGCCCCCAAGUCCCUCGGGACCUGAGGGUUCUGUAGAGGAGUCUGAGGCUGAAGCCUCAGGCGAGGAGGAGGAAGGGGAUGGGACCCCACGUCGCCGACAUGGCCCCCGUCGACUUGGUGGGGCCACCAACCAAGGGGACCAGCGUAUCCUGCGCAGCAGUGCCCCCCUCCACCCGCCUGGCCCUACCAUUAGUCACAGAGGCCGAAAGGCCAAGACGUGAAUGGGCUGCCCCUCCACCUAGGCU